ACACAUAUUUGGUUGCUGCAGACAGCUGAGUACCAGUAAUAAACAUUUUACUGACCGUCAAUAUAAAGACUAUGCCGCGAGUCGAGUAGUUAAGAAGCUGGCAGUCGCAAAGAAGCGAACCGGCCAGACAUACCAGGCACCCAGCAAGGAUUAUUACCACAAACUGCUUCAACUAAUGAAUGGGCAACACUUUGGUGGAGAGAAAGUGCUUUCAGCUUCAACUAGUGAAUGGGCAAUACUUUGCUGCACGGAUCAUUAUGCAAGCAUUGUUACUGGGAAGAUUCUAGCUUUGGUGUUCUUAAAGUUAACCUCGCUUGUACUUCAAGCUUUUAAAGAGGCAAACAUAGCCCUGACUGAACCAGCUGUCAUUGAAGCAGAAUACCGCCCAGGCAUCAACUACGAUAAAUAUCGGGAUUCACCUAGCCUCUAUGAAAUGGGUACCAGAGUUGACACUCUAGGAGGAACGUAG